AGAUGUCGUCAGGACACCGAGAGCAGCAGUCGAUGCGCUUUGGAACCCGAUAGCCUCCACCUUCGGCAUUCCGCCGAGAGGAGGAGGAGGAGGAGGAGGAGGGAGAGGAGGAGAGAAAGUACCGAAGGGGGAACUUGAGAAGCAGGUUCACCUGACGAGCAGAGAGCAGAAACACAACUCUGCUCCGCUUUGAAACAAAGAGCGCGACGGACAGGAACGGAGCUGUGACCACGACACGGGCUCCUUGCCUGAGUGCGUGCGUACGCGCGCGCUGUGCGCCAAACAAAAGACUGCACAGCAUCUAUUAGCUUUAUUUUAACUUUCGCUAUGAAGGGGUGUCGGAUUCCCGAAGCCUAUAAAGGAACUCGGAGCACCUUGUCUGGCAGACAGAUAGCCUCCAGUUGCUUCACCUGUAGCUACACGCUCAAGUGAAGUGCCAAUGUGAGAGGAGUUGGUUGAGUUCAUGGCCCGGGCACAGCGCUUUUUAACACCAUGCCCAGAUCCAUAACACAGUGGAUGAUUAAAGUGCUACUCAGUUUCACCAUCGUUUAUUUGCGACUCGGGGCCCUUUCUUCUGUGGUGGCCCUGGGUGCCAACAUCAUCUGCAACAAGAUUCCAGGCCUGGCUCCUCGCCAGCGGGCCAUCUGCCAAAGUCGUCCUGACGCCAUCAUUGUAAUAGGCGAGGGGGCUCAGCUGGGCAUCAAUGAGUGUCAGUACCAGUUCCGCUAUGGCCGUUGGAAUUGCUCGGCCCUGGGAGAGCGUACUGUCUUUGGCCAGGAACUCCGAGUAGUUACUGCUCGAUCCUGGUUUGGGUUGUGGUGGAUCCAGGGAACACUGGGCAUGAGCAAGGAGGCUGCAUUCACCUAUGCCAUCACAGCUGCCGGAGUGGCCCAUGCAGUAACAGCAGCAUGUAGCCAAGGCAACAUGAGCCAUUGUGGCUGCGAUCGUGAGAAACAAGGCUACUAUAACCAAGAGGAGGGCUGGAAAUGGGGAGGCUGCUCUGCUGACAUCAAACAUGGCAUCGAGUUCUCCCGGAGAUUUGUGGAUGCUCGGGAGAUUAAAAAAAACGCCCGCCGAUUGAUGAACCUGCACAACAAUGAAGCAGGGAGAAAGGUGCUGGAAGAGCGGAUGAAGCUGGAGUGUAAAUGCCAUGGUGUUUCAGGCUCUUGUACCACUAAGACAUGUUGGACCACCCUUCCGAAGUUUAGAGAAAUAGGCUAUGUGCUGAAGGACAAGUACAACAAAGCGGUCCAUGUGGAGGUAGUUCGUGCCACUAGACUACGCCAGCCUACCUUCCUCAAGGUGAAGAAAGUGCAUGGCUAUCAAAAACCCGAGGAGACAGAUUUGGUCUACAUUGAGCGUUCACCUAACUACUGUGAGGAGGAUGCUAAGACAGGCAGCGUGGGGACGCAAGGUCGUUUAUGUAACAGAACAUCACCACAUACAGAUGGCUGCGACCUCAUGUGCUGCGGCCGAGGGUACAACACUCACCAGUACACCAAGGUGUGGCAGUGUAACUGCAAGUUUCAGUGGUGCUGCUUUGUCAAAUGCAACACCUGCAGUGAGAGGACGGAGGUGUUCACCUGCAAAUGAACAACUGUGUAUGGAGGACAGGUGAGCUGGGACAAGGAUGUGUAGGAACAGUUUGGGUGGAAGACUUGCUGACUAAGAGAUAUAUUAUUUUUAAAAUAUAUAUUAAAAAUAUGCCAGAAACCGAAUGGGAAUUUUUACAGUCUUCAGCUCUCCACAGCAUCGUUUUGCACAGCAGAAUGUUUAUAUUUGCUUUCCCAUAGAGGUUAAGUGCUAACCUCAGUAGGUACCAGUCCAGCUUUUUAAUGAGUUUAAACUACCAGAAGCUCAUGCACUGAUGUAUCCAUACUGACUCUAGAAAAAGAACUGCCUGAUGCAUGCCAAGCCCUGGACUAUGCAUGCAUUCUGGGGACUGGAUUGUUUCCAUUUAAUAUGAUGCUGAAAAAUAAAGAACCAAAAGGAGGCUACAAUCAUUUGGAUAUUCACAGGACCCUUCAGAAAGAAAUUAGAAAGGAUUGAUUAAGGUAACCUCGCUUAGAAUAUAAGGCUAAAAAUGGAAGGAACUCAUGAUCCUAAGCUCUGUAAAGAAGAGAAGACAGUGCAGCCUGAAAAACUGAGUUGUUGCUAUAAGAAACCUCCUACUGCCAACUGGAACUUGGUGGGAUAUGUAAGCUGUCCAGUCACACUGGAACUGUAUGUUUGAACACUGAAAUUGUUUAUUUAUGUUAUAGUAUCUUAAAAAAAAGCAAAGCACUAACGGGUAGAAAUGUCUUAUUUUGUACUAAAUGUAAAUAAACAGAGAAAGAUGGGGGAAAAA